UGAGUCAUCUGGUUCCUGGUGGGUCAAAGUCCACUGAGCGGCUGUCACCUUCACGAUCCUCCGCAAUGACAGCCAGGAACAUCUCCCGCUUCUGGGAGUGGGGGAGGAAGAUCAUCUGCGUGGGCAGGAACUACGCGGACCACGCCAAGGAGCUGAAGAACGCGAUCCCCACGGAGCCCAUCCUGUUCCUGAAGCCGCCGUCCGCAUACGUCACCGAGGGCUCCCCGAUCCUGGUGCCCCGGUACUCCAGCGACCUGCACCAUGAGGUGGAGCUGGGGGUGGUGAUCGGGAAGGGGGGCACGGCCAUCCCGCAGGCCGCCGCCAUGGAGCACGUCGCCGGCUACGCGCUGUGCUUGGACAUGACAGCCCGGGACGUCCAGGACGUGUGCAAGUCCAAGGGUCUUCCCUGGACCCGGGCCAAAGCCUUCAACACCUCCUGCCCCGUCAGCGAGUUCAUCCCCAAGGAGCGCAUCCCCGACCCGGGCAACGUCACGCUGUGGCUGAAGGUGAACGAGCAGCUGCGGCAGAACGGCUGCACGUCCCAGAUGAUCUUCUCCAUCCCCUUCCUCAUCAGCUACAUCAGCGACUUCAUCACCCUGGAGGAGGGGGACCUCAUCCUCACCGGGACCCCCAAGGGAGUGUCCGCCGUGCAGGAGCAUGACGUGCUUCAGGCCGGGAUCGAGGACGUGGUCACCAUGAGCUUCAGAGUUGACAGACCAGAGAAGUAGUGACAGCUGUCAAGAGGAUACUUUCAUAAUCAAACUAAUUUUCACACAUCUGUUCAGUGUCCGUGUGUACCAGCAGGGGGCAGUGCAGUGCCACACAAGAGACCACCUCUCUGAUCGACCCACACAGUCUGUGGAUAAAUCUCAUGCUGCCAUGUUCAGAGUUUGAACGGAUAAUCUCAGCAACAUCUGAGCACUUGAUGAUGAUGAUGAUGAUCUGUUUCACUGUGUUGUUCUGUAUCUUUUACAUACACCAAACAGAAAAUCAUUCAUCAAACACCAUCUUUGUCUUCGAUCUCCUCUCUUAGAAUUUGUACUCAAAUCAAAGAUGCAAUCAUAUUUUGAUAAAAACUGUUCUUGAAAAUAAAGGGUAGACAUACGUUUGUCUGCAGAAAAAACCCA